AUGCUUAAACAGUACAAGCAGUUAAGCAUGUUUAUACGCCGUACAAUUGAGAAUAAUGAUGAAGUUGGAAUUAGACCAAGCAAAACAUAUCAAUCAUUUGUUACAGCAACAGGGGAUCAUCGUGAAUUAAGUUGUAUUGAAAAAAAUGUGAGAAAUUAUUUUCCGACAGAAGUUCAUAAUGUUUUCGAACUCGAUGAUGCAAAAGAAUUUGGGAAAUACUUAUUAAGAAUGAAAGAGAAGAAUAAGAAUUUCUUUUAUGAGAUUGAACUUGAGGUUGAUCAUUCAAUCAAAAUUGCUUUUUGGACUGAUGCAAGAAGCAUGGUUGCUUGUGAGUAUUUUGGAGAUGUUAUUUCAUUCGAUACCACUUACAAUACAAACAUGUAUAAUUUGAUUUUUGGUUCUUUUGUUGGUGUGAAUUACCAUGGUCAUUCUACACUUCUCAGAUGUGCUCUGAUGACAAAUGAGGAUAUUCAAUCAUUCAAAUGGUUAUUUAAAUGUUGGCUUUGUUGCAUAGAAGAAAAGGCUCCAAAAGGCAUUCUUAUCGAUCAAUGUGCAUCAAUGCAAAGGGUUAUUGAAACUUAUAUGCCCGUAACAAUUCACAAGUAG